AUGGCUGAUAUCAAGCCAAAUCAUACGCUCUACGUGAACAACUUGAAUGAGAAGGUGAAGAAGGAUGGUAAGUUUGUUUGUUGUCGUGUAUUUGCUUUUUAGAGCUCAAGAAGGCCCUAUAUGCCAUCUUCUCUCAGUUUGGACAAAUUAUUGACAUCAUGGCAUUCAAGAGUUUGAAAAUGAGAGGACAAGCUCACAUUAUUUUCAAAGAAGUUAGUGCAGCUGCUACGGCCUUGAGAUCGAUGCAAGGAUUUCCUUUCUACGAUAAGCCAAUGAGGAUCCAGUUUGCGAAGGACGAUUCUGAUGUGAUCGCAAAGGCAAAGGGAACUUACGUGGAGAGGUGAGGAAAUUUUGAUAUUUUUUGUUUGGAAUUUUAGAUGCAAUGUGGACUUCAUCAAGAAUUUUUUUAUACCUAAAAUUGUGUCCGAGGCCUUUUAAUGCUGGAAAAAUGGAUUUUUGCCUGAAUGAAUGUUUAUUUCCUUCUAUAAGAUGUUUUCUUUCAGAGAACGCAAGAAUAUUGCUGCUCCUAAGAAGAAGAAGCGUCCAGUCGAUCAGCCCAAGAAAACUAAGUCCGGAUCAGCUGCCGCCCAACCCAACAAGAUCCUUUUCGUCCAAAAUCUGCCGGAAGACACCACCGAAGUCCUAAUCCGAACUCAUUUCGCUCCAUUCCCUGGUCUCAAGGAUAUUCGUUUGGUCCCCAAUCGUCCUGACAUCGCUUUUAUCGAAUAUGAUUCCGAAGAAGAGGCCACGGCUGCCAAGAAAUCCCUGAACAACUUCAAAGUUACUCCCACCAACGCAAUUCGAGUGGAGUAUGCGAAUAAGUAAGGUCUUGUUGCUGAAACGUGUUAAUUAUUUGGUUUUUCAACUUCUGAUUGGUCUCUUUGUUAUUUUUAUGGUAAUAAAUUAUUGAAAAUACCGAAUGAUUGAUAUGUAGAUGAUAUAUGUGAUGUGCACGGAGUGCACUCCGAAAGUCCAACCCUAGUUGACCGGUCGGUAUAGGCCGAAGAAAAAUUCCUGCCGUUUCUGAAGUUGGCCUACUCCUGAUUAGUCCUGGUUUUGAACUAACUUACUCUCAUUUCAUUUUGUCGUACUUAGAAAGUGCGUAUUUAUACAUACAUAGCUUACUACAAGUAAAUCAAUCUACAAGCAGCUACCGUAACACUUUAGGCUCCGGAAUAUCAAGAUGAAUUUACGAAAAUCACAUAACUUGGUACUCCGAUUGAGACUAGGCACAUAGGAGAACAUUUCCUCAAUCCUACUCCCUUGCAGAAAAGGCCCAGCCCUGUAGAUUUCGUUCUUCAAAAAUUCUCCAAAGAGGGCAAAAACGUACAGGAUGUUUUACAUUGAAUUUUUCAAUCAACACUUCUUUUUUGUAAUGUUAGAGCCUAUGAAAGCUACUGUAGAAAGUAUACGGUAAUUUAUCUCAAGUAGAUGGCUGUAGUUGAUACAGUACAUUAUGGCUUGUUUUACAUGUAUAUAUACAUAUUAGCUUUGAUAAGAAGGGAUUAAGAUUUUUUUUGGCGGAACAAAAACGUUUACUCAGAAGUUUUUUGAAAAUAAUAUUACCCUCAUGUACAAGUGGUUUGAGACGGCUUGCAAAAGUACUGUGUGGAAAUCGUAUGCACUGGAAGUACUUUCUAUUACCACAGGGGACACGACAAAAAGGUCGACUGGGUUUGAACUCGGGUUGAACUUUCGGAUUACCUAUAGUAUUUAUUUAUGUCAUAUCUUUAUAAAUCAUUUGCUUCCUCGGCUCGCCUGGACUUUUUGGACCAGACGGCGACAUUUUAUACUGUUAUUGUUUAAAGUGGUGUCAAAUUUAUUCAUGUCUGAUGUGGUUUUUAACGGAAAUAGGUGAGAGAGCUUUUUCUAACCUUUUGAAUUCUAGUUUAUUUAGCUAUCUCAUAGUCCCAUACUACAGAAUACAAAGCUAUGCAGAAUCCUGGUGUCAAAGUCCAUUCUGAAAUUUGCAAUUAAUGCGUCACCCACAGCUUCCGUAAUUCCACCUUUCAUCAGAUUUCCACACUUUUCCGGGCCUCUGCAAACACGGCCAAGUUAAAUUGUCGAGGAUGAAACCGUCCUCGUACUUUAAGAAAUGAACGCUGGGACGUGGGAAUUGAACCCACUUUUUAAAUGACAUAACACCCUCAGUUUUAAAGAGUUUAUAAACUGCUAGUCAUUUAGUCUCUUCUUACCUUUUUAGCAAAUAAUGUCAUCUUAGAUACGACGGAAGACGGGCUUAUUACCAACAACAACUUCCGUGAUUUCUGCACUUUCAGUUCGACCAGGUCUUUAUAUAAUACUGCCAUUUUUAAUAGAUGUUAUUGGCCAAUGCCCUUCCAGAUGUAAUCAAUUUGGUACAGACUAUAAUAAGUACUGUCUCCUCGCUAUAUAUGAUUUCAUUUUUUCGAGGUUUGUAGGUAAUUCCUUGCAAACAUAAUGGGUCUAAUUGGUAUGAACUAGUGCAUAAAAGUGGUUUGAAGUCCAUUUUCCGAGCUUCCAAACUCGAUUUGGGGCUUGCGCUGGCUUCUGGGCUUGGGAAGUAUUUAUUAUAAGUGAAGUUGAGAUUUAGGAGCUGUCAGAUUAAAAUUCUUAUUUCCGAUGCUCUCGACAUGAUUUUUUUUUUGCAAUGUAAAGGUUUAGUUUGUUAUUACCGAUUAAGUCAGAUGUUUUUAAUAUUGGAAUACGGUCACAAUAAAUAGAAAAGUGGUUUGAUUGUAUUGCCUCUUGCAUAUUCCUCUUGAGCACAAGAAUUUUAGAAGUCUGUCAUCCCAGUUCAAAAAUCCCUUAUUCUCCAAAAAGCGAGGUCUUCGAAAAGCAAAACCCGAUUGAUUUCCAACUUUGUCUCCAGGCUCUAUCUGAUCAGUCCCUACCGAAAGCACCUAUUAAAAUGUGACAAAAUAUGUUGCCCUCGCUUUCUAAUGUCUUUUACAUUUAUGCACUUAUUAGUGAUGCAGUUCUAAUCCAGGUAGCUUAGGAAAUCAGACGUCAUGAAAGUGUUAUAUAGUGCAUCGUGUUAUUUACAUAUUUCAUCUUCCUGCGUGUGAGACGACAAGACAGACAAGGAACCAGGAAGAAUUGUAUCUUGGUUGCUACAAUUUUCGUCGGAUUUUCAAAAUCGAAAUGAGUUGUAGGAACCGGUCUCAAUGAUGGAUGGCACUCAGAUCUUUCUCACGUCAGGCCUUGACGAAACAGCAAAAUUGUGAAAAUUUGACAUUUUUUUUUGUGAUUUUCAUUGUGAAAGAUCUGUUCGGCAUGGAUUUUAUUUGUUCUAUAAAAACCAUUCUCUUCAAAAAGAUAGGUUUUCUGGCCAUCUCUACAUAUUGACUUUUCAUCGUCCAUUGAUUGCAUCUUUGCAGAACAUUGAAUAUCUUAGUUCCGCCAGCAACGUAACUGAGAAUUUGCCCUUUUUUCAAUUUCUUAUCUAAUGGAAAGUAUCCCAAAAGUACAUGUUCCUUGGUUAGAGAAUCCAAUGGGUUCGGCAUUCUUAAUAAAGCACCAAUUUAAUCUUUAAGUAGUACUUUAACUCCCCUUUCGCAAGUGUGUUAUUAUGGGAAGAUAUAUAAUUUUACAUUGGUUUAGACACCAGUUAAUCCAAAAAUUGGCAAAGAUUAGUAUCCAAAUCGGGGGGACAAGGAACGGUUUGGUCAGGCUUUUUACAUUAGGGUUUCAGCUUUUGCUCGAACUUUGCAGAUCCAGAUAUAAUUUUUUUGUCAUCUUUCAGCCUAAAAAUCCCGAUGGUGUUUGCAAAGCAAAAAAAAAAAGAAAAAAAAAAGUGUCGCGGUGAUCACAGAACAUUCUGAUCUUAAUUUUCUCCUAGUGGCAUAAAAAUCGGAGCACGGAGCAUUGAACUUUGAGCACUUCUCCAAUAAGACUACGUAUAACUUGUGAAGAAACACAAGACCUUUACCUCAUCCAUUCAAGAUAAUUUUUUGCCAAUUACAUAUACUUUGGUUCUGUGUACUCGAUGACCCUCGAGAAUAAGUUUAAGGUAAUAAAAAAGGCCAUCUGAGUAAACGUUCCUAUUGACCUCAGUUUUGCUUGCCCACUAGAGACAAUAAACAUCAAAAGUCUAAGAUUGGGGAUGUUCUGAAUAGCAGUUCUUAGGUCUGCCGAAGUGCACUUCCGCUUAUAAAUAACGCCGGAAUUUUAGUUUUUCACGCUUUAUGGCUGCAAAUUUCGGCCAUUUUACUGGAUUCGCACGUACCUACUGGUUACUUAGGUGUUUUUCUUGGAUCUUGUUCAUAUUCUUCAUAAAGCCCAUAUAACCCAAGUUUAGCUAAAAUGUCAUGUUUUUUGAGAAGGGAUUAUGAAGCUGGGUCAUGGUUGAUUAACUUUUAGAGCUCAUCAAAAGUGAAAGUAUACUCUCUUACACUUUGUAGUAUACUCGUAUUUGUGACCUAAACGGGAUGUGUGUCAAUAUAUUUAGGGUCCAACUGGUCCACAAACAUGUCUUUAGUCUGGUUUUCCUAAAGCCUUUGCGCCGGGCGAAGACCCCGUUAGCAAUUGGAAUUCAUUUUUGACUUUAGUUUGUGCCGUAUUUAUUACAACUCAAAUUUCUUCACAAGGUAUACCUUGUACAUCUUCUACAGAAGAUAAAACAUAGUUUGGUACACUUAGGCAAUGUUAAAUAGUUAGUUUGUCGCAUUCUAUGAAGGAGGCUUGUUACAGAAAGACUUUGAAAGUUUAUAAAUAGCUUAAGUUUGGCCUGCACGUUCCUAUGUAAUGCAAUAUAUUUGUAUAAAAUUUCUUUAUACAACGGAUCGCCAUACUACGAACUUUGUCUAUGACAAAUGAUUUCCCAAAUCCCUAGCGUGACUUUUUAUUAAACGACGCUAUGCUCAGCGGGCCACUUUCAGAUUCCUCACGGAUCUUGCGUGAGUGUUCUAUACAGUUUAUCUGGCAUAUAUUUGAGAAAAUUAUAAUCCGAGUCUUAUCAAAAGUAAUCAAAAUACCCCUAUAAGUUUAUAAAAAAUCUUUGUUCCCGAAAAUUUUUUAUACAGCCAUUUGACUGCUUAAUUUCACAAGUUUUAAAUAGACUACGGUAUUAUUUAAAACUUACAACUUACAAAGAGAAGACCGUUUCUUACGUUUCCACUCAGAAAUUGCUUUCCUUUUUCCCAAAAGUUUGUUGGUGACAAUUCCGUCUCGAGAAUAUAAUUUAUUCCACGAAAUAAACCUCAUCCUUAUCCUCCUUCUCUAAAUCAACAUUCCCUUUUAUUUACUUUUAAUGUAAUUAAAACAGCAACCUUAUACUUGAGUGUUACUUAGAAGACGAAUUCAAAGAUUUGGAGAUUGUAUUUUUAACAUUUGUAGGCUUAGAAUUACAUCGUGCUACACAAGGAUGGUUGCAAGAUCUUUGAUCUCAUAAAUUUCAACGGAAUAUUUUCAGCUUGGAGUGUUUUGUAAGCCCAGUCUUCUUUCCGGUGUCUGAUCUUUCCUCCCGGUAUUACAUGUAUUACAUUCCUUCCACCUUUAAAAGCCAAUUCCCGCCCUUUUUUCCUGAAAUCGGAUCGUAUUUACGGAAAUUUUUGACAACAUGUACAUGUUUACGUCGCCGAUUUCAGCAUGAUUGACAGGUACACAAUCACCUUGGUCAGCCUAGUUUUUGGGAUUUUGCACUUUUGUGUGGCUAUAAUGGGAAGUCUGGCACUAAUGCGCACCGUCCGAAAUUUGCAUAAAAACCACAAGUAAGAGCGUAUUCAUAGAAAAUUCAAGUUUAUCUCGUGAUUUAAGACUAUUACUCAUUAAUCUCCUGAUCGGAUGUUAUAUGUCAUCAACAGGGACAUUAGCAUCAAGUGUGGUGCGAGUAUUUAUGUUGAGCAGUAAUCAGUUCACUCUACGAACCAAUAUUGGAUUCAGGAUACUGAAUAUGUUCGAAUCGUUGGGUCCUAAUAUCUUCAGGUAAUUUUGAUUUUUUGGCAGUCUCUGAAGCUCUAUGACAUUUUUUUUGAAGAAUUUGCCUGUUAACUAAACCAACAAGCUUGACUUCGAGAGCCUCUCUUAAUAAUACGGUGCUGCAUAUCUCUGAUAUUACACUACCGAAAAUCUCUUUCAGGCUAACAUUUAUCGCGUUCACCAUCGAAAGAGCGGUAGCAACAAGGAGAAUCUACAGUUACGAGCUCAGUUCGCCCGUCCUUGGCUACGUUCUCAUGCCACUUAGCUUGAUGUGUGCCUUUUCUUUAUCAUUCAGCUACAAUAUAUGUAAGUAGUUCCGUUAACACUUCCAAACACUAACGUUUUUGUUGUGCGUACUCUUGUGGUUCGAUGUAAUCCGUCUUGUAAAUCUCUAGAUUCUUCAGUAAAUGCGUCCCUAACAAUUCUUUACGCGAUCUACAUAUCGCUGGACACCUUAUCCUUGGCCGCGACCUUGAUUUUAAUCGCGUUGAAUCAGAAAUGGCAGUCCAUCGAGAACAUAUCAACCUAUUAUAAUCUCAGCAUGCGAUAUCAGGUGAGCUUUCAUGUACCUUAGGAAAUUUUUUUAUUAUUUGAGCUGAAUUUUUGAUAUUUUAUCUUAAAACAAUGUAAAAAAUGCUCACAAAUUGACUCUUUAGUCGUUUCAGAUCUUCGAGAACAUCAGAAUCCUUCUCUUCCUGGUUCGCAUAAUUUCCUUAGGAUUUACGGCCGCCUUAAUGGCCACAAUAAGCUCAUUAACCAUCAGGAAAUUGCAUUUUACUCAUUAUACUUACUAUGCGAGGGUUUCAUACUUUGGAGUAAGUCGAUUUCAUCAAAACGAGACAUCACACUCAUUAAUUUUAGAUCUGGAACAUCUACGGACUAAUAGCGGGCCUUUUAUUAAUAUACGAACUAUGCCCAAAGUUAUUAUUGUUUGGUCCGUUGAAGAGAAAACAUAAAUAUGGCCUUAUCCCACACGACUUGAUUAUCAACUCGGAUCGCUACUUUAUCAGACUCAAUUCGUCCUGGACGAAAAAAGCUCAAGCCAUGAACUUGUGA